AUGUUCUCGAAAUACCUGAAAGUAUCUUGUCACCCAGUGUCCAUUCGCUGCAAGAGCAACAUUAGUCACGUUUGGGACACGCUCUGGAACGAAGCAAAGGAAAGAAUCGAAAAACGUCUGUUCACCGUGGUCACCGGUGAACCAUUGGAGGAGUUGAGCUCAAACCAUCAUCGUUACGAUGAUUUUCCACACUUCGAGGAAUGUUACAUUCUGCCUCCUAUCGUUUUUUACAGCACUCCAAAUGUGACGGUCUUGAUUGAUUCAGAUGUUAGUCUGUCUCUGGGUGACACUCUCGUGCUUACUUGUCAUGUCACCAACGUGGCCCCGGUGCAACAUUUGACCAUCAGGUGGCUGCGAGGCGACCGACUCGAACGCACUGCCAGCUAUUCUGAGCGCUCAAUCAACAAUUCCAAUGUGAUCCAGUAUAACAUCUUCGAUUCCAUGGCCGUUCCUCUGAACAAAGAAGAAAACGGAGAAAUGUACACUUGCCAAGCUGAGUUGAACCUGGAGUCAUACACCGUCAUCCGCCGCAACGCUUCCAUUCGCGUCUCGGCUGAAUCUCUUCUGGAUUUCGAUCAAUGGGAUUUCAAUUUCGCUCUCUUCUGUGAAAUGGAUCUGUAUCCUCAUGGGGGGCACGUUUGUAAAGCCGCCAGGAACCAUUCGAGCAAAAGGAUGCAUUUCAAGAUUUAUCUCAUGGAAUCUGCCCUGUAG